GUAAGUUAUGAAUAGUAGUAGUAAUCCACCACCACCCAGCCUAAAAACAAUUGAUGAUGAUCCACACCACUAUAGAUGAAAUGAUGAGCAUAUUUCAUGUUUGCUUUGCUAGCUGGGGGCGCCCUGUUUCUUUUAUUUUUAUUACUAACAAACAAAAUUACAACAUCCAUUAUCUCACUCUGUCCGAUCUCUCUCUUGUAAUAGAUCCAUGGAAGAGGAGAAGAAACUUGAACAAAAGAUGCAGCGGCUGGUAUUCCGGCAGCCGGAGACGCCAAGAGAGCCAAUGGAAUUUCUAUCUCGCUCUUGGAGCCUCUCUGCAAUGGAAGUCGCCAAAGCUCUCUGCCCUCCCACCACUCAUUCCUGGUCACCCCUCUCCGCCGCCACAGGUGGCAGAGAAGCAACCAUUAUUAAUAAUUCGGAGCUGGACGAGGUUAACCCAGUUAAUAAUUUCUCAUUCGCGUCUACUGAGACAUGUCAACUUGUGUUGGAACGUAUAAUGUCAACCCACUCCCUAACUGCCGAUAUGAUAACAUCAUCGCCAAGUUCUGGAAGGCUUUCCAAUGGCAGUGGUCUUUCCGAAACCCCACCUCAUUCCCCUCCCCAGGUUCACGAUACCUGCAAAAUCACUCAGAGCAACCAGUGGAAUCCGCAGCAGUGCAGAAUCAGCACCGCCUCAGCCUCGAUCCCGGGUGGUGGAGGGAAGACAAUAGGCCGGUGGUUCAAGGACAGAAGGGAGAAAAAAAGAGAAGAGACAAGGGUUCAAAAUGCUCAAGUCCAUGCAGCAGUCUCAGUCGCCGGAGUGGCAGCCGCAGUUGCAGCCAUGGCCACCGCCACAGCUUCAUCUCCAGGAUCCCAAAAGGACGAACAGGGGAUGAAGACAGAUUUGGCAGUGGCAUCCGCAGCAGCAUUGGUAGCGGCACAGUGCGUUGAGGCAGCCGAGAUUAUGGGUGCAGAACCAGAGCAUUUAUCUUCUGUUGUUAAAUCUUCUGUCAAUGUUCAGUCUCCCGGAGAUAUCAUGACAUUAACGGCGGCGGCAGCCACCGCUCUUCGUGGGGCAGCGACAUUGAAGGCAAGAACAGUGAAGGACGUGUGGAGCAUGGGAUCGGUUAUUAAUCAGACGACUGUAGAUAAUUACUCUAGUACUACUGGAUGUUUCAAUGGUGAUUUGAUUGCUACAGAAGAGAACAAUUUCUUAAAUAUAUGCAGUAGAGAAUUGCUUGCUAGAGGCUGUGAACUUCUAAAGAGAACCAGAAAAGGUGAUCUUCAUUGGAAGAAGGUUUCUGUUUACAUGAACAGAAUAGGACAGGUUAUUGUGAAGAUGAAGAGUAGACAUGUUGCUGGGACCAUGACAAAAAAGAAAAAGAAUGUGGUGAUGGAAGUAGUGAAGAAUAUUCCGGCGUGGUCAGGGCGUCAUUUGCUUGAAGGUGGGGAGAAUUUGCGCUACUUUGGGUUGAAGACGGUUAAUAGAGGGGAUAUUGAAUUCGAGUGUAAGAACCAAAAGGAGUAUGAUAUGUGGACUGAAGGUGUCUCGAGGCUUCUUUAUGUUGCAAACCGACUCAAGAACAACCAACUAUAAAAUCAUAUCAUUCCUAGCAUCGCUCUUUUUGAGAGGUCCCAUGUCUGUGUUUUAUGUGUUGUUGAUCUUGCUAUUCUUCUUGUAAGAUGGACAGAUUAAGUGUGUAAUCUAAUGGUGAAGCUGUUUGUUAUGGAAUAAGCUUAUCAAAGUUGAAGUGUUGUUUUCAAAGAUUAUAUAUAUAUCUUCAUGCUUUUGGGGGAAUUAAUGUGAAUAUGUCUU